CCCACGGAUUAUUGGUGCCCAUGAUGAAAUGACCAGCACUGCAAGCUUCGGGUCAAUCUACAGUGUGUACAGGGCGGGGUCCGGAACAAGCCAUCGCAUAUGUACGAGCACGCCCGGUUAAAUUUCAUCCGCCGCCAUCCGCGCGUUUCAUUGGCCGAUAGCUGGUACGCGAAUUAUCCGGUCCUGUAUACUCGUCACAAAACGCUCAAUGAACCAUCCUCGGGGUUCGCAGCCCACACACAUUCCCCGCCCUUUCUGGCACAUAGCACCUGCUUUUUUCUUUUCCCCACAUUGUUGAGCUUCAUUUUCCCUCGGUUCUGUACAUAAGGCGGCGUGCGCAAGAGGUGUCUCUUGCGCGGCGCUUGCGCCCGGAAAAUUUUCGUAUCACGCCCCCAUGCUCGCCACAUGCUCGGG